AGAGUCAAUUUUUUUUUUCUUUGAUGAAAAAUAGAGUCACUUCUUAAACCUUAUAUACAAAAACCCUGUAAAUACCAAAACCCCACUCUCCAAAUAGUUCCUCUCUCUUUUCAGCCCAUUUCACUAUCAGCUUCGUAAAGGUCGGUUUUUCACUGGGAUUGGAACUAUUCUGUUGAUUAGAUAAAGACUUCUCAAGACAUGGGAGGCAGGGGAGCUAUACCAGAUAAGUGGUCUAUGAGGGUUCUGUGGGUCUGUGCACUUGGAAGUGCGGUUGGCCUAUAUAUGGUUGCCGUAGAUAGACAAAUAAAGAACAGGGAACGGAUGAUGGCUGAAAAUUUGAAAGCUAUGGAAGGUGAAGGAGGUGGUGAGGAUGUUUGAAUUCUUACAUAUAUAAAUGUGAGAUGCUUUUAACAACUUUUUGAAGAGCUUCCCCAAGUUUCCAAAUUGGGCCAUCUGUUUAUGUUAAAUGUUUCUUAAACUUUUUUUUUUCCCUUUGAAAGUUUCUUAAUCCUUUUUCCCCCCUCAUAUGACAUCAAUUUUAUUGAUGACACAGGGUUUUCUUUCUAUUUUCUUUAGAAGGAUGAUAGUAGUAUGUUAGAAUUAAUAAUGAAUACUUGCCACCAAACAUUUUAAUUUUUUACAUGUUUCUCAACCCUUUUUGAGGUCUA